AAAAGUUGUGUGUAUGAGAGAGAGAGAGAGGGAGAAACAAGAACAAUUGGAAGAAAAAAAGCCACAAAUAAUUGUGCAUCGGUUUUGCAUUGAUUUUCUGGAGAAAAAUAACAAGAAUUUUUGCAAAAAAUAUUAAAUUAAAAAAAAUCUAUAAAUAACAAUUAAAAAAAUAAAACAAAUAAAUAAAAACAAACAAAAUGUCGCAAGUGGAUCAAAAACGCGCUUUCAAUAAAUUGAAACAUGAUUUGGAACCUUGGCGCAAUAUUAUUGUACUCGCCGAUGCUGUUCUGGUGUGGGAAAAGAAUUUCUAUCCAGCCAUUAUAUUUGCCGGUGUCUCAGUAUUUUUCUUAGCUUUAUGGGCCAUGGAUUUAUCGAUUAUCACUUUGCUAGCAUUGGCCGGUCUUUUGGGCGUUUUAUUUGAUUUUCUUUAUCCCACCGUAUCGCGUAUUGUUUUCAAUGCAGAUCAGUGGUCGGGCAAACAGGAGGCUCAAUUCGAACAUAUUGUCAAUCAGUUGUGUAAUAUCAAGUUGUUGAUAAUGGGCUGGUAUGAGUAUUUGUUUGCCAAUAAGGAAAAGAAAUCAACAAUGUAUGUCAUCAUUAUGAGUGUGGCUUUAUUAGCCUUAGCCUGGAUUGGUGCCAUUUUCAACAAUCUACUCUUAAUGUAUUUACUCACCUUGGGCGUUACUCUAUAUCCCGGCGUUCAAGAUAAGGGUGUUAUCAAACAGUUUAAAGAACGUUUCGGUUGUCUUGUCAGUUCUAAAAUGGAAAAAAUACGUGAAGUUACCAAAAAGCAAGAGUAAUUCCCUUACAAUUUAGGAAAAUCAGGAAAAAUUAUAAGUAAAAAAACAACAAACAGAAAACAUAAUUGAAAAUGAAUUCAAAUUAAUAUUACUACAUACAAAAUAAUAUCAACAAACACAUGUAAUUAAUUUAUUUUAGUUUUUAAAACAUUCACUUAAACAACACGCUCGUAUUUUAAUUUUUCUAGGAUAAUUUGAAAUUAUUCCUUAAAUAAAUAUUAAAUUAUAAAAGAAAAA